UUCCAAUUCCUCUAUAUCAUUUGCACAUAUAUUACAUAAUUACGUCAAUCACACUAGACCUCCACCUUUUGUAGUACUAUAUCUACCUCCAGCUGGCACGACCCCACGUUUGAGUCACGCACGACCUGAUAUCACAUGCGGAACCGUUCCAGAAUGCCAUCCACUCCAUCCAAAACUUCCACUGAUACCAGCAUCGUGUGGACUGUACCCAUUUCUCGAGGCUCUCACUACUCAUAUUCGCCUCUUCUCCGACAUAUCCUUCGACUCGACCUUUUUUCCCGCUUCCAGGGCUCCAUUUCUACCCUAUUCUUCCUAUUCUUCCCCAGAGCCGUUACUGCCAUUGCCCCACAAUCCACAACCACCCUGUCAAAUGUGGUCCUACGCCCCUGUGUCGAUACGUCUAGUCUCUUCGCAAGAGCUCCAUGGCCUAUCUGGCAUACAUCUAGUCCAAUGCGAUCCCAGCACCAAAUCGCUAGCAGCUGACCAAGAAGACUUCGUCCUCACGUUCAACUAUUUGCCCAAUCUCCAGGACUUCAACAUCAUUGUAAGCUCUCAUGGCUCAUCACAGACCUCCCAGGUCACCUGGUACCCUGCAAAAGUGCAUCAGUUGCACGAAAUACCCCUGCCAUUAACCGAAAAUCUCGACGACUUCAGAAAAAACGGAUUCAGACUCUUCCCCCACGAUUCCCAUAGAGCCAGCCUCUUGUCGGUGGCAGUGAUCAAGUUGGCCCACUCAGCACGCCAGCAGUUAUUCCAAAAUGCACAUUAUAGUGCGCUUCAAGUAGCAAAUCCUAAAACGGGACAGUCGAUGGAAAUCAUAUCCAACCCGUUCACCUUCAACAACUCACUCCUAUUCGCCAACUUUGUAUCUCGCGGCACCAUCAACUACUCUGUUGGUGGCUCCCACGCCCCAGUGGCGCAUUUGGCCGAUAUCAGAUACAUGGAAAACAUGAUUGGUGGAAUCGCCAAACAGGACGAUAAAUUGGUGGGAUUGGUCCUAGGCAACUUGAAGAAAUCAAAUGGUGAUGGCGAUUUGCUCACUGUGGUUCCCUGGAACAGUUUGAGGAAUCUAUUUGAUCAUAGUUCAUUAAUACCGAACAAACUCGCUGGGGUGGCUCUUCCCGAGAUCCGUCCACGAAAACUCGCCAAAAAUGCCCUAAGAACCCAGAAACUGGCUCUGGUGUUUCCUAUUCAGGUCAAGCAUCAGCUCACGUCGUCUUGGGGAUCUUGCGUGUACUAUAACCAAACCACAUUUAUCACGAACCUCCAUGUGGUUAAGCCAUUCCUCGACGAUCCAAAGCUGAAACUCGAAAUCCUUCUCGACAGUAAAACAUCCAUACUAUUCGAGCACUCCAACUGCAUCUCGACCCCAUCUCAGGCCCUUGAUCUUGUGUUUAUUAAAGUGGAUCCCCAGAAUAUUCUAAAACUCGAUGCAUACAUAUCUUCCAAUGAACCAAACCCUUCCAGUUUGAACGUUUGCACUGGAGACAAGGUCACCUCUUACAGUUAUGGGUUAUUCUUUAACCCCAAUGAUAUUACUCCUUUGGUUUCUACUGGUAUAAUUAACACAAUGUUGGCACUUCCAGUGGGUGCAAAACUGGGUGCAAAACACAAGACCAUCACUUCAAUGAUAGUCACUUCUUCGUCCUGCUGGAAUGGCUCCUCGGGAGGUGGGCUCUUCAAUAGUGAGGGUCGUUUGGUAGGCUUGAUCUGCUCGAACGCUCAGGUUUCCGUCCCCUCGCUUGAGGAAGGAACACCUCCAGCCAGUGUGAAGAUUCCUCAGAUCUCAUUCGUACUUCCCAUUGACCUCAUCAACUAUUGCUAUGUACAAGACAUGAACCGGACUAAGCUGGAAAUCAGCUCCGAUAUUGGCAACUUGUGGCAGUUGAAACAGUUUCAUGUGGAUAUAGUCCAAGAACUGUCGAAGUUGUAAGACAGACAUGUCCAGCAGUGGUGCUGAAGAAAUUGCUUUUGGUUUAAAUUAAACCCAUUUGAUAGAACAUAAAAGCACCAACAAUAU